AUGGGAGCCCAGGCCGCAGAAUGGCCGUGUGGCGUGUUGGUUGAAAAGAACUUCCUCUUCGCCGCCUAUAUAACCUCGCUCCGACGUGAAAGCCAUGGCGUGCCCUUCCUUCCCUCGACCAUGUCCGACCGCAAGAGCGACAAGAGCCCCUCCGACGUCGAGCGCGCCUCCACACCCUCAGACGACCAUGACUCCCAUCUGGGUGUCUUGACUGUGGAAGCGACCCACAAGGUGUACGGAAAAUACUCCAAAUGGUUCCUUUUCAUCAGUUUGGGUCUGGCCGCGUACAUAUAUUCCUUGGACAGCACAACGACGUACAACUACCUUGCGUUCGCCGCGUCGUUCUUCGGCAACCACAGUCUAAUCAGCACGAUUCAGGUCGCACAAGCUGUCAUCAUCGCUGUGGGGAAGCCUGUCAUUGCGAAAAUUGCUGAUGUUGGAUCAAGAGGGUUGGCAUAUGUCUUUGUCCUAAUUUUCUACGUGGUGGGCUACAUUGUCAUCGCGUCGGCGAACAACAUCCAGACUAUCGGCGGAGGAAUCGUGGUUUACGCGGUCGGUUACACGGGUCUGCAAUUGCUAACGCAAAUCAUCAUUGCUGAUAUCACGGCCCUCAAAUGGCGCGGUUUGGUCUCCGCACUCAUGUCGAUGCCGUUCAUCAUCAAUGCUUUCGUGGGGUCGAACAUCGCCGCCGACAUCAUCACUGGGGCUGGCUGGCGCUGGGGAUAUGGCAUGUUCGCCAUCCUUGUACCCGCCACUCUCAGCCCGCUGAUCAUCACCCUCUUGUGGGCGGAGCGGAAGGCGAGGAAGUUGGGGAUCGUGAAGCCACGGAGCAGCACGAAGUCAUUUGGACAUAAAUUCCUCAGCACUGUCGACAAGCUUGACGUCGUUGGACUGGUCCUCCUCGGAACUGCCGUCGCCCUCAUCCUCCUUCCUUUGACUCUCAGCAGGAGCGCCAGGAGCGGCUGGAAGAAUCCUUCCAUUAUCGCCAUGCUCGUCGUCGGCAUCGUCCUCCUCCCCGUAUACCUUCUCUGGGACAUCAAAUUCGCCAAGCACCCCGUCGUUCCUGGGCGCUUCCUGCGGAACCGCAGCGUGGUCAUUGCUGGCGCAGUUGGCGCUUUCGACUUCGUUUCGUUCUACAUCUCCUAUGCGUACCUCUACUCCUUCGUCAUUGUCGUCAAGCCUUGGCCCUUGCUCCACGCGACGUACUUCGCUCAGACCCAGACCGUCGCUCUCACCGUCUUCGGAAUCAGUGCGGGUCUCGCCAUGCGCUUUAUCCACCGCGCGAAACCCCUGCUCGUUGUUGGGCUCUGCAUCCGUCUGCUCGGCUGUGGUUUGAUGAUCCAUUCGCGGGGGGCUAACGCGUCGGACGCGGAGAUCGUCUGGUCGCAGCUUCUCCAGGGCAUUGGUGGUGGCUUCGCGGCCGUCGCCAGCCAGGUCAGUGCACAGGCCGCUGUGCCCCACGUCGAUGUUGCGAUGGUCACUGCCGUCGUCCUGCUGGUGACCGAAAUUGGUGGUGCUAUCGGCACUACGAUUGCUGGUGCCAUCUGGACGGCCAUGAUGCCAGAUAAGCUUGCGGAGUAUCUCCCUUUCCUCGAUGACGCCACUCGCACGCAGCUCUACGGCUCGAUCGUCGCCGCUGCCGCCUACCCCCGCGGCCACCCCGUACGCGAGGGUGUUAUUCUCGCGUACGACGACGUUAUGAAGAUUCUGACCAUCGCCGCCACCGUCUUCGCCGUCGUCCCCCUCGCCCUUUCGCUGCUUAUGCCCAACUGGUACCUCGGCGACCAGCAAAAUGCCGCCGACAACCUCAACCUCGCGGGCGAGCGGGUACACAACCCUGAUGUGGACACGAAUUCCACAUCGGAGAAGAGGUGA